AUGUUUAACGAUCGAAAACUAGCCGGCACUGGGCACGGGUUCGUGAAGGCGUACAGUAACAAUUGGUUGUCGCAGCUGGGAGCCGUGUACAAAUAUGAGUCACCUAAGGAUGUUCUACGUAAACCGAACCACCAACACCGGAAGAUCGCUAUAUACAGCAUCCUGGCGAUGGCGUUUGUCGCUUUUUUUACACUUUUCAUGAUUGUCCACGAAGCGGAACGAAAAUCGCGCCAAAUCCUGAUCGAUUCAAGCUUCACCAAUGAAACGGCCAUCGAACCAAGUGCUGGCGGGUACAACACGAUUCUCACCACACCUCUAUCGUCCGAAAGAUCAUCUUCCGGAAACAAUACAUCCCAGGAGGGAGACGAAACCACCUCCAUGAAGCGAACACGUCGGCUACGAUAUUAUGGGGCAGAACAAAAGCCAACCACACGACGAACAACCACCACCACUAGACCAACAACGCGCACGACACCUCGCGUAGUAACUACGACCAAAUGUCCAUUGUCCGAACAGAACCCGGAUGGAAGCUGUGGUUACGAUUAUCCUAAACCCGAUAAUUCAUUUACCCUUCCGAACCGUGUCUCAACCACCACCACUACCACCCAGCGACCCACCACGACCACAACGCGACGAACAACGACUACUACCCGGUCCACCACUACACGCCGCACAACACCGCCACAGGAAUAUCUACCACCUUCGACCACUACAACGAGACGAACAACGACCACAACACGUCCCACCACGACCACGACGACGACGACAACCACCCCACGGCCAACCACGACCACGGUGAAGGGAUGCAGCGAUGCGGAGCUCAAUCCGGACGGUACCUGUGGUUACGAUUAUCCGAAACCGCCCAACCCACUCACACUGCCACCAAAGAUUCCGCCAACCGUCCGAACAACGCCAGCGCCCGAAUAUCUGCCACCGGAGGAAACGACCGGCUACUCGUACCCAAAGCCUGCCAUACCGUUUAACUUCUAGAAAC